AGCUUUUACAACCCAUCACAGCCAUCACCCCAUGUUGAGAGCCUCGAUGAACACAGUGGCGAUGCCACUUCAGCUUACGUUCAAGCGUACCUUCAUCCCGCCGGUGAUGACCAAGGCGCAGAAGGCAACCAAGUCGUUUAGGAAAGCUCAAUUGAACAAGUUGAGACAGUUGGCAUUGGACGAACACAGCAAGAAGACCAUCGACCCGAUCCUCGGGACCCCAAACAAUGAAUUUACCAACAGAAUCAAGGCCGAGUUGCAAGAAGAGCACGUUUUGUCAAAGGGGUUCGAGAUCUCCAACGUGGAAAAGUUGUUGUUUGGCGCUGCGAAGGCGAAAUUAGACAAGACCGACGACGGGUUGGCGCCAGAAAUCUUCGCGAAGGAGGCUAAUAAGAGAGAGUCGAUCCUCAGAAUCUUACACAUGCAAAAUGCCAAUGCGGCUGACCAGAAGAAAUUGGCCAUUCAGUUGGCCAGAGCCGAGUUCCAGAGAUUCGACGGAGACACUGGUUCCCCAGAGGUCCAAGCGGCCAUCAUGACCAUCAAGAUCCAGUACAUGGUUAGUCACAUCCAGCAUGCGCAUAAGGACAAGUACACCCUCCGCAGAUUGAGAAUGUUGGUGCAGGCCAGACAGACUAUCUUGAGAUACUUGAAGACGGACAACCCAGAGAGAUACUACUGGGCUAUCAACAAAUUGGGCUUAAACGAUCAGGUUGUGCAUAUGGAAUUCAACAUGGACAAGAAAUACAUGCAGGAGUUCAAGUUGAUCGGUGACAGAGUGCUUGUUAAGGAGUCUAACAACCAACAGGAGAAGAACCGUACCAUUAAGAAGAAGUUGGAGCAGUUUGUACACAUGGAUCAGGCGCACGAGGAAGGCAGGGAUGCCAGAGCCAGAAAGCACCUCAAGGAGGUGAAUGCCUUCCACAAGAAGGUUGCCAAUCGCAAGGACAAGGACGCUUGGAAGGCCGCCAAGAAAGCCGAGUACAGAGCUGGUGUCGAGGCCAUGAUCAAGGCCAAGGUUAUCGAGGAGGCCGAAGCUGCCAAGCCAAGAGCUUAGGCUGUGACUGCCGAUGGAUGAGCUCUAUCCAAUCAUGUAUAUAUACGACUUGGACCAU